AAUGAUGCCCGACUAGUCGGUCAGUUAAGCUCGCAUAAAAAGCCACACAUUCUUCAACCUUUCCACACUCUCCAGGCACACGAUCCCAUAAUGGAAGAAGAAACUAUCAUCACGGCAGCACUCUCCACCCUCGCUUCUCCCCAGCUUACAGAUCUCACCAGCUCCAUCCUCUCGCUUACCCUCCACCAUCACAGCCGCCUCUCCUCCCUCCUUUGCUCUCCCUCCCUUUUCUCCCUCGCCCUUCACCAUCUUCACUCCCUCUCCCUCGCUCACAAAACCCUACUCAUUGCCAAAUACCUCCUCUCAUCCCUCCACCACCUCACACGUCACUUCCAUCCACCAACACUUAUUCCACCACACCCUACCACCACCAUCAAACACCGCGAUCUCGACGCCGCAUUGCUUCUCAUUUUCCUUUGUGAUGUACAUCAAGAAAGCCCCGAAAUACUUAAAACACCACGCACUGGAUGGCGUGAGGGUUUGAGGAAGCAUUACUCUAAAACUGUAUUAAGGCGAUCAAGCGUUGGGGUGCAUUAUGGUGGUGUCCUCUUACCAUACGUUGAGAUGGUCAUAAGGUGUUGGAGGUUUGUUGGUGUAAUGGCUGGCUGUGCAGUGAAGGAGGGGAGGGAGGUGGCAGCGGCACCGGCAGCAGUGGUGGCGCUUCCGGCAGUGGAGGUGAGAGGAGGUGGUGGUGAGUGUGUAAUAUGUAGGGAAAAGAUGAGUGGAGGUAGAGAUGUGUGUGAAUUGCCAUGUGAACACUUGUUUCAUUGGAUGUGCAUUUUGCCAUGGCUAAAGAAGACGAAUACUUGCCCAUGUUGCAGGUUCCAGCUUCCCACUGAAGAUGUGUUCUGUGAGAUCGAACGGCUGUGGAGUGCUCUAAUCAAGAUUGGUGAUGGGGCCCUUAGUGGGGAACGCACGUGAUGGGUGUUGAUCAUGGCAGGAUGACGAGAACUUACUGGCCUCUCUACUGAAGUUAGGAUAAAUUUGCAUUUCCGAGGCCUAUGUGGGCAAUUAAGGUUGGGGUAUAAUGAAUGGUUGUGGUGAAUAGGGCGUAGAGGAUCACUUCUUCAUGAUAAAGACACGUGUGGAUAAGGCUAGAGUCGUGUUUGGAGAAUUGCUGAUUUGUAGCUAAAUAAAUGUGAUGGGAUUACAGAUAUUUCUGAGGUUAAUCAGCAGAGUAGAUUAGAACGUCUAGGACCAGUGGUCUUGCACAAUUUCUCAAUAGCUUUCACAAUCACAUUAAUUUGGUGGGCCUAUAGUAUUGUAUUUUUGUAUGUAUCAAAACAUGAAAUAAUUAACCCAUAUUUUUUAAAA